GCCGUUCCAGAGUCCCCGACGAGCCAAAUGGAGGAGUUCAUGUGGAAUAGCCGGCCCUGCCGGGGCAAUGCGUUGCAUAGGGCCGCCCUGGAGAACGACCUCGAGGCUGCCGAGGCUGCCCUGAGGAAAGGUUCUGCAGCCUUAGUGAAGGAACGCUUUAGCUACGAGACAGAGUUCCGCGGCCAAAAGCAGGAAGGCAGCGGCGAGGCCAUCCACUUGGCAGCCAGCCGCGGCAACGUGGAAUUGGUAAAGCUGCUGCUGGCCAAGAAGGCGGAUUUGGAAGCUCAAGUGUCGCGCGACCACAAGCCGCACUACAACGUCCUCCAUGCCGCCCUCUUUGCAGAGGGCCGCGGAGGUACGAAGGAGAUGAUCGAAUAUCUCUUCGACGCUCGGGCAGAGCUGAGCAGGAACCAGGAUGGAAAGGCCCCGAUCCACAUCGCUUUUCAGACUGGCAUCGUGCCCGUGAUCAAGCUCGUGCGGUCCCUGAUGGUGAAGAGCAAGGUCACGGACAGAGACUAUGAGUUCUUCCAGGCCCCCAACGAUGCGAAGCCACGGCAGGUGCCCUUCCCCUUGGAGCUGGGCUGCAAAGGCGGCAAAAUGUCUGAGUUCGAUCUCAGCGAAGCCGCCGAGCUCACCCUGCUUUCGCUCACCAUCUUCAUCGCGGAGUGUCCACAGUGCCUCCCGUCGUUCCUGGAGCGGAUGAAGAACGAGACAGAGGAUGAGCUCAUCGACAUCGGCAAGAGCAUCAAGAUUAGCGAUAUCGCCAAGGUCCUCCGCGAGGCUCCGGAGGCCGCGACCGCGCUGCUGCGCUACGCCACGGUGGAGCCGAAGAAGGAGGAUCCGUUCUGGCACCCCCUCCCCACGCGCGUCAGCUUCGCGCCACGCCACAGACUUGCGAAGUUCAAGCGGGCAUUCAAUCCACAGGACGUUUACCUCACGGAGUACCAGCAUGAGAACAACUGGAGCUUCGAUCCGGCAGCUUGGAGACCUCCAGGCUGGCACGAGCCUUGGGUGGACCGCAGCCCAGGCAAGCCGAUCAUUGAUGCGGAGAUCCGCGUAUGCCUUAUUGCAGACCUGAUUUGCCCGGAAGUGUUCGCUGCCUUGGUCGACCCCAAGAAUGCAGACUUCCUGCAGCUUUAUGAGGAUGACACCAUCCACGCGAUGGUGAAGCACCUCUUCUGGAAGGCAGCGGGCAAGAUCGACCUCACGUCGGUUCUCUUAAGCUUUUGGAGCUUGGCGCUGCUUCUCGCGGAGGAGGGAAUCAUCCGCACCAGCACUGGCUCGUCCGACGCCGAUGCUGAGAGCGAACGCCGGCUCAUCAGAGGAAGCGGUGCAGGCACCUUCGGGGGCAGCCAAAACCACCUUAGCCAAAUGCAGCGCUACACAGACGAGAUUUCGGAGGCCUCCUGGGUCGCCUACACCUGGAUCGCUUGCAAGGCUCUGGUGGACCUGCUCCUUGAGAUUGCAGAGUUCUAUGGCUUUUGGAAGAUCGGUCGCUGGAGGGAUUGGUUCACCGUCGCGAACAUCGUCCGUGCGAUCGCGGCCGGCCUUCCGUCGGUACUGCUCAUCGCGCCAACGUGCGAACCAGUGCUUAUCUGCGCCGUGUUCCUCUACUGGAUGCGCCUCCUCGGCUGCUUUACCCUCAUGCAGUACAUCGGCGUGGAGCUGCUGCCCAUCAUGGACCUCGCAAGCGGGCUCGGGCCUUCGCUCUUCGUCACGGCGAUUGCCUACGGAGCCUUCACCCACGCCUUCUACGUUGUGCGAGGAUCCGCCCAGGCACUUUGGCCCUCCGUGUCCACGGACACCUUCGCAGUGCUGAUCACUGCCGCUCUGCCGGAGACGGCAGAAGGAGUCAGUGCACUGGAGUUGGUCCUGGUCCUGGUAGCAGUGCUGUUCUUCACAGUGCUGAUAAUGAACGUCUUCAUCGGCGUCAUUUGC